ACUACUCACCAAGGUAGAAUGUAGAGCAUUGUCUUUAUGGAGCUGACAUUUUUAACCCCCAUAUCAUAUUAGUUGUGAUCAGUCACAUUGAGGGGCUGGAAGGUUUUUGUUUUUUAACCUAAGCUUAUAGUAAUUUUUGGCUAAAGAGGUAAAAAUGGCAAGACCCAGAGGUUGGUGUUAGUUUUUUCAUUUGUCCUCAUAAAAGAUAUGAUGGCUCGUAAUGUUACAAUGGAACCGUUUUCAGGUCUUUGAAAAAUUCCAUGAGUUUUUGUUCAAAGAGACAUGCCUGAUGUGGAUUGCCUACACAGCAGUCUGUCCUGUGUGCCAUAUGGUAGAGGAAAUGCUUGCAGUUGUUACUUAUCAGUGGUUCUCAGCCAGCGGCAACUUUGCCCCUCAGGUGACAUUGAACAGGGUCUGGAGACAUUUUGGUUGUUACAGCCUGGGGAAGUGGGGGUGGUGCUACUGGCAUCUAGUGGGCAGAGGCCAGGAUGCUGCUAAAUAUCCUUCAAAGUGGGGCAUACCCCCACAAGAUAGAGUUAUCUGGCCAGAUCAUGUCACGGUUGAGAAACCCUGUCAUAGAGAAACAGAGCUCUUUUCAAACUAAGUGACUGUGUAUGGGAUGAAGAGGUAAGAAAUUUUAAAUCACUGAGUACUUUGGAGAGUGAGUAGGUCAGACCAAGUAUGAUGCAGUAGUAGGGGGUGCAGGAUCACGUUAGGGCUGCCUGGAAGGAAGGACUAAGUAAUGGAAGACCCUUGCAGAAGGGGAUGUAGGAAAAUGCAGCAGACAUACUUGGCUUGUUUCAGCAUUUUUCCUGAGGGUUGACUGGCUGGCUUUAUGUGGGCAUCCGGGUAAAAAAGGUAAGGAAACCUAACCUCUUUGUUCUCCCUCCUUUCUAUACCUGAUGAUAGUCUCCUGCUUCUAGGAUUAAUUUUAGAAUCAUCAAUAUUCUUGACCAAAAUGGGAUGAAAAUGGGCUUUGUGAUUUACUCUUACAACGUUGAAAUUACUCAUAAUUUGAAGACUCGAGUUUGUGUUAAAAGAAAUAGUCACUGUUUUAAAAAGUUAUUUUGUGAUUUUGGGUUGUAACAACAACCAGCGUUUACUGAAUACUUUCUGUGUGCCAAGCACUGUGCUAAGUAUGUGCUUCAUCUCACUGACUACUCAUAAUAACCCUUUGAGAUCAUUACUAUAGUUACCUGUGUUUUACCAGUGAUGAAAAUGAGUCCCAGAGAAAUUAACUACCAUCCUCAAGGUCAAACAACUAAUAAAUUGAAGUUGGAAUUCUGAUUUGACUCCAGAGACCAAACUUAACACAAAAUGGUGUGCUGUCUUUUCCUGCUAAAGACAAUUACAGUCUUUUCUUGUGACAUGUUUUCAAUCUGUUGUCAUACUUUUGAUACCACUAGGUAAUUCUUUGUGUAUUUGGUCUUAGUGCUUGUUAGUGAGAGAAUCGAUGUAUGUUUGGAAUCCCUUGAAAGCUUUUAAAAAAUUAAAGCUAUAAAAUACUAUGUUUCCAAAUGGUUCUUAAAAAAACUUACAGAAUAAAUUUAGUUAACUGAUUUGAGGUAAUUUUUUGGAUGUGACAGCUUAGGAACAAUCUUUAUCUUUUCCUUACAUUUAAUGAAAGCUUGGUUUUAUUAAAAUUUUUAUAAUAUAUAAGAUAAUUAAGAUGAAAUAUUAAAAUUUCUCCCUUCAAUCUCACCUAAUCAGUUUAUGUGUGUAAAGUAUCAUACAAAAUUAGACUAUUGAAAUUCUGUGUAAUAGGGAUUUGUAGUAUCAAAAGUAAGAUAGAUCCCUGCAUUUCCCAUUGAGAUAAUACUGCUUCAAAAGAGAGGGACCAUUCAGUGUUUACCAUAUUGGUAAAUAAAUUGGGUUGUUUUUAACAUUUUAUUUAAAAAAUGUGUUUCAGUCCAUCAAACUUUGACUUCUAAAGUAAAUGACUGUCCCAUAUAUGUACUUAUUUCCUCUCUGGGAAGCUUAAAGUUAGGAACAUAUGCCAUUGUUGGGGAGUAGGUGGAGGAAGGUGGGACAGCACAGGUGGCCGGCCAGUAGUGCUAUUUUCAAACUUCUUGUGAUGGGAUGAGUAAUAAGGAGUCUUCUUCAUUGAAAAUACAGUUACUGAUACGUUUUAUUUUGUUUCUUUUAUUUAUAUUUGCCAGCAGUUUGUUAUUUGUAGAAAAAGUAUUGAAAUAAAUUAGAGGAGGGAAGGGGGUGGAAUGUCUGCCUUCCUUGUAGUUAGCAUUGCAACUUCCAGGUUGGUACCUGGUUUCCUGGACCUUCCUGAUAACCUCUUCCUACCUCCGUCCUCCCUGAGUGCAAAUUCUUGGGCAAGAUUUAUUCCAUUGCCUUAUUUUUCCUUUUUUUCUCUGCAGAUUUACUAAGUUGUGGUAAUUGCUGGCUCCCUAUGUGUUUUAUUUACUGUGUUAACUUUAAGGUAUAUACAUUACAUAUAGUUUUAUGGUAUAUAGUUGAAUAUUUAAUCUAAGAGUUAAGUAAUACAAGUUUAAUCAAUCUUAGGAGUAUAGAAGAUGUAAGAAAUACUGGUUUGUGUGUGGUAAAAAUUUUUAAAUAAGUUAUUAAGUGAUAACUUCCUUCAGUCUUCAGUGGUUAAAUGUGGUUUGAAUACUGUCUUCCUUGUAUUCCCAGUGGGAUUUAAUUUUGCAAUAAGGAAAGUAUCCCCAUUACUUAAAAAUAAUGGUUUCAAUAUUUGCUUAUUCUAGUAAUCUAUUUUCAUGUUAAUUUAAAUUGAGAAUUUAUGCCUCAAAAUUUUUAAAGGAGUAACACUAGCCUAGAUAAUAAUCAAAUGUAAAUAUUUCCAGUUAUAUGUAAAAAUCUAACCUUUUUUCCCUAUCUUGCUUUAUGUAACUUUUUUGAUAUGUGGAAAAAAGGAACAGGAGCUAAUAACUCAGAGCCAAAUGUGCUUUUGUUGCUCCAAAUUUUCAAUGCCAGAAGCAUAUAAAACUGCACCUGUUGGUAAUUAUGAGCAAGCCAGCGUUUGCCAAAUCCCAGGCCUCUGCUUAAAACUUUUUACUGGAACUAAAUGAUGUUGCCAUUUUUAUUUUUAGGUUUGCUGGCAUGGGUAAUCUCAUUAAGGUGCUAACCAGGGACAUAGACCACAAUGCAGCACAUUUUUUCUUGGACUUUGAAAAUGCCCAGCCUACAGAAUCUGAGAAAGAAGUUUAUAAUCAGGUGAACGUAGUAUUAAAAGAUGCAGAAGGCAUCUUGGAGGACUUACAAUCAUAUAGAGGAGCUGGCCAUGAAAUACGAGAGGCAAUCCAGCAUCCAGCAGAUGAUAAGUUACAAGAGAAGGCAUGGGGUGCAGUUGUUCCACUAGUAGGCAAAUUAAAGAAAUUUUAUGAAUUUUCUCAGCGGUUAGAAGCAGCAUUAAGAGGUCUUCUGGGAGCCUUGACAAGCACCCCAUAUUCUCCUACCCAGCACCUAGAGCGAGAGCAGGCUCUUGCUAAACAGUUUGCAGAAAUUCUUCAUUUCACACUCCGGUUUGAUGAGCUCAAGAUGACAAAUCCUGCUAUACAGAAUGAUUUCAGCUAUUAUAGAAGAACAUUGAGUCGUAUGAGGAUUAACAAUGUUCCAGCAGAAGGAGAAAAUGAAGUAAAUAAUGAAUUGGCAAAUCGAAUGUCUUUGUUUUAUGCUGAAGCAACCCCCAUGCUGAAGACCUUAAGUGAUGCCACAACAAAAUUUGUAUCAGAGAAUAAAAAUUUACCAAUAGAAAAUACCACAGAUUGUUUAAGCACCAUGGCUAGUGUGUGCAGAGUCAUGCUUGAAACACCGGAAUACAGGAGCAGAUUUACAAAUGAAGAGACAGUGUCGUUCUGCUUGCGGGUAAUGGUGGGCGUCAUCAUACUCUAUGACCAUGUACAUCCAGUGGGAGCAUUUGCCAAAACUUCCAAAAUCGAUAUGAAAGGUUGUAUCAAAGUUCUUAAGGACCAACCUCCAAAUAGUGUAGAAGGUCUUCUAAAUGCUCUCAGGUACACAACAAAACAUUUGAAUGAUGAGACUACCUCCAAGCAAAUUAAAUCCAUGCUGCAAUAACAGGUCUGGAAUAAGCACCUGGUAUAGAAAGAGGACAGUAUUCUGCAGUGACUGAGAAUGCACAGUUUUUUAGUGAUUGCAAUUACUAUCUCAUUGAUUCUCGCUUUUUAUUUCUCUCCUCUGUUCCUCUUCCCUCUUUUUUAAUCAUGUUCUUAAAACUUCUUUUCUGUGCCAAAAUCAGUAAAGUUAUACCUUGAAGGGGUAGUGACCUUUCAAACAGGCCAUCUAAGGCAGCUAAUUAUGCAUUGCAUUGGGGUCUCUACUGAGAAAAAUUCUGUGACUUGAACUAAAUAUUUUUAAAUGUGGAGUUUUUUUGAAAACUAAUAUUUAAUAUUGCUUCUCCUGCAUGGUAAAACUGCCUAUUCUGCUAUUUAAAAACCCUCAAUGACUUUAUUUUCUACUGCCGCUUUUUUCAUGUUCAGCCAAAAUGAAAAUGUUUAAAUUAACUGUUGUACAAAAUGGUACCCAACACAAAAUUUUUUUAAAUUAGUAAGUCUUUUGUUUAAAGUUUUAAGUUUGCAUUUUGACUUUUUUUGUAAGGAUGUAUGUUGUGUGUUUAACCUUUAUUAACUAACGUUAAAAACUGUGAUGUGUGCGUAGAAUAUUACGUAUGCAUGUUCAUGUUUAAAGAAUGGCUGUUGAUGAUAAAAUAAAAUCAGCUUUCAUUUUUCUA